CUCUACGAACUAGAUGGAGACCCAAAGAGAAAAGAGUUUCUGGAUGACCUAUUCAGCUUCAUGCAAAAGAGAGGUGAGCGAGUGUUGUAAAAGGAGUGGCGUAUAUGCAAGACAGUGCUGUACCUUUCUGGCCCAAUAUCUCAUGCAGCAGAGCCACAUUAAUACAAAUAAAAGCCAUGACUCGAUAGACUUCACUGUUUGCCUUGGUGGGUUAGUACUGAGAGGCCCUGUUCUGUUCUCUAGCCACCUGCCCCCCGCCCCUCCCCCCUUCACUGACAUACGAAACACCACUCUCAGCUUUCACCUCCAUGGGUGGAUCUUUAUUCAUUUGGAGAUGAUUGCUUUAUGGUUGGCCAAGCCUUCACUGUUCCCAGCUCGUCUAAAACUAGAGCGUACACGAGACUGCAUGUAUCAACUUAGGAAUGUAUUUACGUAUAUGUUUUGGCGCCGGAGUUUGUAUGUUGCUCCGUGAAGUUAUGGUGUUUGGUUUGGUUCAGCAUUUGCAUCUUUUAUUAAUGAUCGUCACUUCGUCAGACUGUAUUUGGAUUUAUUAUGGUUCCCCAUUAGCUGCUGCCAAGGCAGCAGCUACUCUUCCUGGGGUCGAGCAAAAUUAAGGCAGUUAUAAACAAUUAAAAACAUUACAUUACACAACAAAUUUCACAACACAUUAAGUGUGUGCCCUCAAGCAAACAGCACAGCACAUAGUAUAAUUUUGAUAGUAGAAACUAGUUCUACUUUGGAAAUAUAAGGCCAACAUGUUGAAAGUAAUAGCAAUAAAUAUUAUUAUGUCAAGAUAGUCAGUGUGGAAAAUCCAGUAUUGGGUGUUUAGGGUAUGUCUACACUAUACACUGUGCCCUCAAACAAAUGUAUGGGCGUGUCUACGUGCCUAGUUGCUCAAAGAAUUGGACACUGCCCUCUAGGGACAAUAUAGGGAAUUGACUAGAGACUGAGAGGAGAAAAUGUUCCUGCUUUUCUUUCCAUAGCUUUCUUUCAGAAUUGUAAAAAAAAAGAAAAGUCAUGUGUUUUUAAGGACAAUAAGACCCAAUACCAUAACAAGAACAAAGCAGACAUGGCAUUGACAAUUGAUUAUGAAUUGAAGUAUUGUGUGCUAAGAAAAGGUGUGAUACUCUCCGUAGGAAAACAAUAUCCUAGAACCAGGGUUGGGUAGGUUACUUUCUAAAUGGAAUCUGUUACAGUUACUGCUUACCUGUCCAAAAUUGUAAUCAGUAGCAUAACUUUUGGAUUACCCAAACUCAGUAAUGUAAUCUGAUUACUAUGAUUACUUUCCCCUUAAGAGACAUUAGAAGAAGACAAAAAGGAACCAUCAAACACAUUUGGUGUGUCAUCAUAGUGGUCUCUGACUUGUGGUCAGACUCACUCAGGUGGAACAAACUUAAACUUGCGCCUUUUUGUCAAUGCUGAAUUGAAUGUCAUUGAGAAAACAAGGUGUCAUAAUGUCUUUUUUUAAUCAAACAUCCUUUCUGAAAUAGAGUAUGGUGUUAGCCACAGGCAGUGAGUUGUCUUUUCCCUGUCUCCAGGAACCCCUGUGAACAGGAUCCCCAUCAUGGCCAAGCAGGUCCUAGACCUGUACAUGCUGUACCAGCUGGUGACAGAGAAGGGAGGCCUGGUGGAGGUCAUCAACAAGAAGCUGUGGAGAGAGAUCACUAAAGGACUCAACCUGCCUACCUCAAUUACCAGUGCAGCCUUUACUCUCAGGACACAGUGAGUACACACACACACACACACACGCACACCGAACACACAUACACACUCCCCCAUAUAAUUUGCAAACUUGUUUCAAGGUAUACUUAUCCAUUGUAAUACUGUGUUUUUCAAUUAAUUUCAUAUUUCAUAAAAUUAUCCCAAUACCAACUGAAAUGUCGUUUUCACAGAUACAUGAAGUACCUGUACCCAUACGAAUGUGACAAGAGGAGCCUCAGCAACCCCAACGAGCUCCAGGCAGCUAUCGACUGUAACCGGCGGGAGGGCCGCCGGCAGAGCUUCGGCAGCUCACUCUUCACCUACUCCCCCAACGGGACCCCCACCAUGCUGUCCUCCCCCAAGAUGUCCAUGCAGGAAAUGGGGAUGAACGUGGUCACCAACGGAGGGCCACUCUCUCGCUCCCAUCCAAAAAAUCAAGAAAGGUACAUAAAAGGAAGUGUUCGGGUUUUGAACUUUGUAUGCUCUAGUCUAGCCAAUGAUUAACAUCAGAGUGUUGAUGGAUAGAAAGGUGUUUUGCUAUACUCCGAUAUCUUUAAAGGACAAUUAUUCUACAUUGGAAUGAGGAAGAUUAUUUGUUGUUUUUAAUUAAGAUUAUUUUGGUGGUUCAUUCAUAUCACAGACAUGAAUAAAGCCAAUGAUUGAAGUGAACAUGAACACAAUGACAGAGUGUUGGGAGGGUUCAUACUUAUCACAGAUUAUCACAGAACGGUGAAGAGUAACCCAUAACAUCAGACAACAGAUACUUCAUUUGAAAAGCUACCACAUCCCGCACCAACACUACCCUGCUCUAAACUUCUCCAUCUCCCCUGUAGAAGAGGAGGGUGGCCAGCCUGUGUCCGGCUUGGGCUUCAUGUCCAGGCACCCUCUGGUUGGUAAUUCGGCGGCGGCGUUGCAGGUGGCAGCGGCCCAGGUAGCGGCUCUAGAGCAGCUGAGGGACAGACUGGAGGCAGGCGAGCCCCCGGAGAAGAAGAUGGCCCUGCCUGCUGAGGAGCACCAGCGGCUGCUGCAGAGAGCGCUGCAGCACAAUCUGCUGGCCAGGACUGCCCAGAUGCCCAUGAACAUCCGCAUCAACAACCAAGGUAGAGCCUGUUGCCAUUUUAAAUGCACUUUAAAUCAAGUUUAAUUUGAUUUGAAGGGACCAAGAUUGGUCCACCUUUGCUUCCCUUCAGUAAAAUAUAUAUAGUAUAGUUAAUUAAUUAAAUUAAUUAAUUAAAUAAUUAAUAAAAAGGUGUGAUGGGUCCGCACUCAAAAAGAUGUUGCAUAAAGCUUCAUUCAUUUUUCUAUUUUAUUUUAUUAUUUUAACUGCAUCAGGGAUCAGGGACCUUUCGGCUUUGCAGCCUUCUUCAGUGGGUUUUUCAUUCAAAACAGUAUUUGUAGGGAACACAGGUGAGCAACCGAUGAGCAGAAGGUGCUUCUAAUCAGGGUUGCCACCAAUGUUCCCUCUAAACUGUGCGCAUGCGCGGGCGUGCAGUAGCCCCAAGCGCAGAAGAAAUAUCAGCCCACUAAGAGAAGCACAAGAUUGAACUUCACUCAACUUUCUAGAGUUUUCCGUUAGUUAACACUUACUGUGGCAAUUGUGAUCGAUUCAACACAAUAUUAGCCACUUUCAAUGCAACAUACCGAAACAAAACGCACUAUGCAAGAGAUUUUGUUGUAGGCAGAACGCAUCUGAGUAGGGUUCUAUUGGGCAAGACUCACCCUGCACUCUACACAGACCGGUGCGGCAUAACCAAUCAGAGCUGCAGUAGGCCUAUAUGCAAAUAGAUCAUUGCCAUAUAUGGAUCUGUGCCAUUUACUUUGAACUGGACUGUGUUUACAGCUGUGGUCGUGAGUAGAUGCAGUUGUUUUGAGAUCAAAGCAAGAUCUGCAUGUAGCCAUGUGUGCACAUUUUGUUCAUAUCCUUUGCUAGUUAGUGAGUUAUUAGCCCAGUUUUAGAUAAUUUGUAGUCACCAAUAGGGGUGUGAUUGCUUCCUGCAAGAGCACAAAACGUGUACAUUUCUAGACAUCUUUGAAAAGCCAAUCAGUUACAGAGCUUUUUUUUGUCUUAAAGGGGCAGUGUUGUAUUUUGAGACAGGCUUGAAUAAACUAAGUAGCCAAUAGGCAGACGGUAGCAUAAUUUGUCUGGCUCUCUGUAAUAAUGGUAUGGGAAUAAUGAUGCAUUUUAUUUUGUCAAGUGGUUUCUUGCAUCAAACAACACAACAACAUCUUCAGUCACCUCUGUGUCUGAAGGACAAGUGGAUAAACAGGUUAAUGUCAAGCCAUCCAAGCCUACUUGGCCACUGUUAAAACUGUAACUUAAAACUGGUACAGCCUCAGUGUUCACGGUAAACGCGCGCUGGAAGUUGCACAGAAUUUUCACAACGUUUAAGUUAGAGGGAACAUUGAUUGCCAAUCAGGGAUGUGGCUUCUCUGGUCUACCUGUAUACAAGUUACAGUCACUAAGAAAUAAAGAGUUAUAGAGUAUGGGAGCAGGCACAAAGGGCAAUUGAGGGCAUCAGGUGUGAACUAUUCAUGAAUCAAUUGCCUUAGGUGUCCGCUCACUUGGAUACAUUGGUAAGCUAUCUCAUGAAUUUAUAUAAUGUAUCCAAGUGAGCGGAGUGGGUUCCGUUUGUUUGUUAGGUUGUUUCCGGAAGUUAAUUAGUUUAUUCAGAUAUUCCUUAUUUCAGGUUAUUAGAUUGUUCAAUUUAUUUAUAAGUUUGUUUGUGCAGUUAGUUUAUAUUAAGAUUAAGUUCAAUUUAUUCGUCAAUUGUACAGAAGGUUCCAGCCAAAAUGUGACUUCUGCUUUAUCCCAACCCCUCUAAAAGACACAAACAUACAUAUACAGGUUGGAGAGGUUAGAGCAAGGAGCUGCCACACUGGAGCAGUUGUUGUGGGGGGAGUUAAGUGACUUGCUCAGACCCAGGAUUUUAACUGGCAAGCCUCCGGUUGCUGGCUCGCUUCUCUAACCGCUAGGCUACCUGCUGCCCCAUAUGUUUGUGUAGUGAGGUUGUUCAUAUUUACACAUUUUCCUGUGAUGUUGAUGCUUAUAUCUGCUGUUAAACAUCACCUAUGAGUGUGGUGUACAUUACAUGCUGUGUGUCUUUUCUCAGAUGGCCGACAGCACUCAGCUCUCAAUCUCACCACUAAUGGCAUGAGCAGCAUCAGUAUGUCAGUGGAACUCAAUGGAGUCAUGUACACCGGUGAGUCACCAGUCACGGAAUCAACAACACGGUCUUGUGUUACCAUGUUUUACUACAACUAUCAUUCCUGAAUUCACAACAUUGUUUAUCAACAUUGGACCUUUGUAGGUCAGGUUACUCUGACUAACUUGCUAUCUUUUAUUUUUGCAAAGACAGAAGUCUCACACUGGAGUUUCUGUUCCCUUGCAGGUGUACUUUUUGCUCAGGCAGCAGGGUCAGCCUCGUCAGGCCCCUCUGGAUCAUCAAGUAACAACAAAGCCCCUGGUGGGCACAGUGGAUCCCAGCCGCUCCCCUACACACCUACCUCAUCCACCCACCUUUGA